AUGUAUUCAAACUCUUCAAAAACACGUGAUGAAAUUUUAUCCAAUGGUCAUAUAGUCAUUAACUAUGUUAAAUAUGAUGUUAAAGAAUAUUUACCACAAGCAACUAUUCUUAUUUAUACAAAAUGUUUUGGGGUAGGGCAUUUUCGCAAACAAUGCAAGCAAACAGAUGAUACUUGUAAAGUUUGUAGUGAACGUUGUCCUGAUAUUAUUAAACAUAAUUGUUCUGGUAUUGCUAAAUGUUUACAUUGUGGUGGUGAUCAUCAUUCAAACGAUAUGAAAUGUAAGGUGGUCAAGCAAUAUAGAGCUGAUUUAACCAAAAUUCUCUUAUCAUAUUCCAACAAGUCGUUUAAUAAUAAUAUGUUCAAUAAUAUGUUUACCUCAACAUCUGAAUUUCCUCCUUUACUGCGUCCAACUAAAUCAACUAUUAAAGAUUAUAAGAUGCUAGCAGGUGAACAAAAUGGAAUUAUGACCAAACUGGACCAGAUACUUAAUUCAAUCAACAAUAUUAAUGAUACUAUUGGUGAUCUUGUUAAACGUACUGAACAAAUUGAAGAUUGGAUAAAUGCUAAACAAAAAUUCGACUUGAAAAUCAACAAUGGAAUUAGAUCUUUACAAUAUGGAAUUUCACGUCACGAUGGUGUAUUAUUUAAUCAAACAAAUGUUAUAGAAAAACUAAUUCUUCCUGCUAUGGAUGAUAUUAUGGCAAUGCUAUCAGUGAUGAACGUCAAGGAGGGUAGGGUUUUAAAUGUGGAUUUUGAAUCGAGAAGUGGUGUUUGGAAGAACCAACCAAUUCCAAGCCUAUCGUGA